AUGGCGGAAGCGGCCCAGCACCAGCCCCACUUGGUGGACAUCGACCCGGACUUCGAGCCGCUGGCCCGACCCCGCUCCUGCACUUGGCCGCUGCCCCGGCCGGAGUUCGUCGUCAACCCGGGCGACUCCAACACGUCGUCGCCGGUGCCGUCCGUUAAGCAGGAGCCCGCCGGCGGCGAGUUCAUCAGCAGUCUCAGCCUCUUGGAAGAGAACGAGGACUUGUGCGCCGAUUUUCAGUGUCAGGAGACGUGCGUCCACCAGCAGCCGCAGCAUCAUCAUCAGCAGCAUCACUCGAAUCCGCCGCUCCAGCAGCAGCAGCAGGUGGCCCUGCUCUCCACGCCGGCAACCGGCUCACCUUCCUCGGCUGCCGCAGCAGCAGCGGCCGCCGCCGCCCAGAGGAAGAGCAGCUCAUCCCGGAGGAACGCCUGGGGGAAUAUGUCGUACGCGGAUCUCAUCACCAAAGCCAUCGAGAGCUCUCCGGAGAGCAGACUCACCCUGUCGCAGAUUUACGACUGGAUGGUGAAGAGCGUGCCUUAUUUCAAAGACAAGGGAGACAGCAACAGCUCGGCUGGAUGGAAGAACUCCAUCCGGCACAACCUGUCGCUGCACAGCCGCUUCAUCCGCGUCCAGAACGAGGGUACGGGCAAAAGCUCGUGGUGGAUGCUGAAUCCUGAAGGCGGCAAGAGCGGCAAGUCGCCCCGACGCCGGGCCGCCUCAAUGGACAACAACAGCAAGUUUGCCAAAAGCAGAGGACGGGCCGCCAAGAAAAAGCUGUCGCUCCAGGGCGGCCCCGACGGCGGCAGCAACGGCGCCGACAGCCCGGGCUCGUACAACAAGUGGCCUGGCAGCCCCAACUCCCACAGCAACGACGACUUGGACGCCUGGAAUGGCUUCCGUCCUCGUGCCAGCUCCAACGCCAGCACGCUCAGCGGGCGCCUCUCGCCCUUCGUGCCUGAGGAUGACUUGGGCGAAGCCGAGGCGCACAUGGGGUACCCCCCGGGCCCCAAGAUGACCGCCACCCUUCCCAGCCUCUCCGAGAUGACCGGCUCUUUGGGCCGCAGCUCGGAGAACGUGGUGGACAACCUCUUGGACAAUUUCAACUUGCUGUCGCCUAGCAGCUCCCAAGUGGGCGGAGGGUCGGCGACCCCCAGUUCCUCCCAACCCUCCCCGAUGAUGCCGCCCGGCCCUGGGUACCCAUCUUACAGCUCCCCCGGCAUGGCGUCGCAGUCUCAGCAGGACUACCGCAAAUGCGUGUACGGGCAAGCGGGGAUCAACGCCAUGUCGCCUGUUCCCAUGCGAACCCUCCCGGAGAGCGAGCCCCCCUUCGGGAGCGCCGCCAACCUGUACGGUUCGGUCCAGCUGCCCGGGCUCCUCAAGGAGCUGCUCACAUCUGACACAGAUCGGCACGUAGACCUCCUGCCAUCAGCGGACUCAGUCGUAUCUCCGUCCGGCGGGGGUUGCGCUCUCCCGCCGUACGGUGCUGUCCAACACGUGUCUAAACUCCCGUCCCAUGCCCUCCCCCACGGCCGCCUGCUCAUGUCCCUCAAUCAAGGCGGAGGAAUGCAUUCCGUCAAGAACCCCGGGCAGAUGCCCUACGCGCUCUCCGGGCACCUGGGCGGCGGAGGCCCGCUCGGCAACUUCUGCCCCCUCAACACCAACGGAUACGGACGACCGGGCCCGGUGCCGCCCUCCCACCCGGAGAAGCUGCCCAGCGAUCUAGACGACAUGUCCAUCGAGAGGUUCGAGUUCGACAUGGAUACCGUCCUUCAUGAAACUCUGAUGGACGGGGACGCGCUGGACUUCAACUUUGAGCCCGUUCAAGGGUUCCCCCAUGGGGUGAAGACCACUACGCACAACUGGGUGUCCGGCUAG